GUAUAUUCUGAUGAAGAAAACGGCAAGAUGUGUUAACGCGUAAACGGCGCGUAUUUCUAAACCACUCUUCCGGGUCACAUAAGUCAUUUUAACCACAAAUCCAGAACAUUCCGACUUCUCUCUCCCUGAGCUCCGGCCAUGGCGGUUCGUCUCGCGAGAUCGUUGGCUGCGUCACGGCCGUCCCGUGGAAAUCGCUGCUCAGCGUCAGUUAUCACUUCAUCUGCGAUUAACGGCGGUGAGUUUUCUGAUUUCCAUAGAGCUUUCGCCUUUUAUUCGUCUUCGUCUUCUUGGUGGUCGUCUCCUGAGGAUUUGACGGCGGGAUCGAAGAGGAUAGAGAAGAAUACUACAGACCGUUUAUCUGCCGUGAUUGACGCAGUCCAUGACCGGAAACUCCCGCCGGAGUUGCGUGGACGGCGCGAUUUCGUAAGGUCCAAGCACAAUUCAAAUUCACUGUUUCCUUGGUUAUGCGGUAGAGGUUUUGCAAGGCAAUUCAGUUCAGAGACUAAGCGAGUUAACACCAAAGUCAAUUUCUCUCUGUCUGAUGAUGAUUCAGAUGAGGAAACUCCGGUUACUGAAGAUUCUGGCAAGCCGGAGUUCCUGCCUCCUCCUUAUGACCCUUUCAGCAAGAAACUGGCGAUUGAGGGACCAGAGGAUCCUAAGAAUCUUCAAGAAAUAUUCCAUAAGAUGAAAACAGAGGGUUUUAUGAAUGAAGCUGUGAAAAUGUUCGAUGCGUUGUCUAAAGACGGCCGCACACAUGAGGCGCUAGAGCUCUUCUCUCAGAUUAAAGAUAAAAAUCAAAUGCCAGACGUGGUGGCGCAUACUGCUAUCGUUGAGGCGUAUGCUAAUGCAGGCCAGGCCAAGGAGGCUCUUAAGGUUUUCAUGCGUAUGCUUGCCUGUGGCGUUUCGCCUAAUGCGUAUACAUAUACUGUUUUGAUCAAAGGGCUUGCAGCGGAUGUUAGAACGCUUAAGGAUGCGAAGAAGUACUUGUUAGAAAUGAUGGGAAAUGGCAUGAGCCCUAAUACUGCUACUUACACUGCAGUGUUUGAAGCUUUUGUAAAAGAUGAAAAAGAGGAAUCAGCUAGAGAAUUGUUGCAAGAAAUGAAGGGAAAUGGUUUUGUGCCUGAUGAGAAAGCUGUGAGAGAGGCUCUUCAAUCUAAAAGAGGCCAAGUCUUUAGGACUGUCUUUAACCUUUUAUUUGAUAAGUAGUAGUAUUUGUUUGGUGAUCUUUUAAUAGGUAGAACAACUGGCUUUUAUGCGAUGCAUCUGAGAAUGUUGCUGCGUCUUUUGUUUUUUCGAUGUUGACACAAUUGCGCUGUAGCUUUGCUGUUUUAUUGUGGAUGCUAUAUUGCUAUGACAUUUUUUUUUGUCAGAGAAAGCCUAAGCUUGUUGUUUUUUUCUUGCA